ACGGCUCAAUUGUUCUUAUUUACAAAGUUCACCAUGACAAGAGUUGGUACUCAAAUUAAUCGUAUUAAAAAUUGCACCUACUAUCCCGGCGUGAAUAAACUUAGCAUUUCAGUUGUGAAACAUGUUUGAAAUUGCCUUCAUCAGCUUAAAAGAAAGUUACAUAUAAAUUGAAACAGUUAAAUGUGGCCAGUUUAAAAUAAUUAGUCAUGUAGCUUCAACCGAAUGUGACCAUAAGAAAACUAUUGGUAUGCAUUGUUCCACCGGAUCUUAAAGACACUUAACGAAAUCAAAAAAUGUGGCAACUUAAAUUCAAUAAUUUUAGUACAUUCUAUGCUUAUUUAACUUUUUUUCUUAACCGUGCAAACCACCACUUCAUUUUGAGUGUUUGCAGAAACAGAAACGAAAAAAUAAUUUUCGUAUGUUUGCUCUGCCUAUAUGCGCCUGUGACUCUGACCAUAUUUGGAAAGUGUCCCUACCACCUUACUAAGAUUUGUUGUGACGUCCAUAAGUUCUUAGACUGUUGAUUGUUUAAACACCAAAUACCAUUCAGCACCAAUUCAAUCUGGUUUUGGCUGGCUUUACAUUUUUAUCGGCUUGUGAACGUGCCAAUUGUUUCUAGUGUUUGUUUUUGUCCAGAAGGAGUUUGAAUUUGUUCACGUAUGCUUCUCACAAACCGCAGAGUGUACGUCUAGACAUUGUUUUUACCAAUUCAAAGAGUCAUUUCGAAUAAUUUUCAGAUUUGGUUUUCACUUUUAAUAGUCAUUCGGUGAAGUCGAUUUGGAGAACUUGGAUCUAAAUUCCCUAUUUAUUGACAAUCGUAAUAAAGUUUUAUUCCUUACCUACUUUUUACCCAUUAUACCCAUUUCUAUGCCCUGACAGCCCUGUGUUGAUUAAUGACUUAGUCUGUUAUUGGUCAGUUGCGGAGAAAAGGAUUAGCCAGUGGAGCUCCAACAUUACUCUAAUCUCGAAGCUCUUGACUGUGGUUCCAAUUAUUUAUGGUUCCUGGUUAGAUAAAACCCCUUUGCAAGUAACCAAUUUGCUCAGAAUAUUGUGGAAAGUGAAUGCCUUUCUGGUCACAUUCCCAUAUUUGCAGUUCAUACCCACUAAUCCCACCGGAGACCCUAUUCAAAUCAAUAAAUCAGCGUCUUACUUUCUGGGAAAAAUCGGAUUCCUCGUAAUUUCCAAAAGUCAUUGCUUAUUUAAUUGCGUUAGUACUUGCCACUUUAUUUCACCUUCAGACUCCCUUCAAGUCGACUCAGCCUACUUUCUGCUCAUUUCAACACAAAUUUCUCUGGAAGUUACAUUUUUUCAACCACUUUAAUUGUGUUCCAGAGAACGGACAUUGAUCGACAUUGCCAAUAUAUCUCGCACAGUUUGAAAAUUAUUAUUCAGGAUUUUUUGCAAAAGCUAUUGCUGAAUUAGACACGAUAUUGCUGACAUUAUUAAGAUAGAUACAAGAUAUUAAUGCGAAAAGUUUCAUACUUUCUUGAAAAAAAAACUUGAAAAAACUGUUUGUCUGCCCAUUCUUACCAUAAGAAGUAAUGGACAGGGAAAGCUAAAGGUUAAAAGGUACCAAUCGGCAAACAAACAAACCGGCGACAUCUCAGCGUGACCUCAUUUUGAUCAUCAUUUAUAAACAUAGUCAGUUGGCAACCCUAAUUCGAAUCCUAACUUGAACAAUAGAGCUCAACUGUUUGAUUUUACUCAUUAACUGAACAGAGAAAGAGAGAGUGUCCAUUUUGCCCUCUGUCUUAAUUCUCAUCUGUGAUUCUCAGUUAGUUCUUACGGAUAUUCGGAUCAGCUUUGCACUUUUAUCAUCACACAUAAAACACCUUUCAGCUGUGCCAAGUUUGAAUAGUUUUUGAAGUGCAGCAGAAGUCAACUUUGCUAAUUGAUUCAACUUUGCUCAUUUCAGUUAUUUUUCAGAACACCUGUUGAGCCUGAAUUCUUUAUUGCCUUAAUUUCGACAUUAAGCUUUUUCUGAAUUAUAAUUCAUUUGCAAGUUAUCUGGAAGAAAUCGGAGGAACCAAACUAUGGACAAGGAAGUGGAAUUUAGAGGGAAGUUGGAAGACUUUUUCGACGUCGGACCAGAAAUAGGAAAAGGUCGAUUUGCCAAAGUGCGAGUUGUGAGAAGAAAGAGAGACGGGGAAGAGUUCUGUGGCAAGUUCCAGAACAAGCGCAGAUCCCAGAAGCACUUCAAACAGGAGAUCCACACCCACACAGUCUGUUCGCCCCACCCCAGAUUCCCCACCCUCGAGGGCGUCUACCACUGCCAGGCUGAAGUGGUCAUCGUCAUGCAGUAUGCACGUGGGGGCGAAAUGUACCCCUAUUGUGUUGGAAGUGACCUUGAACCUGAUGGGACAGAAUGCGAUGGUGGCAGCCCCGUUAGGGGAUUAGAGGAAGAUGAUCAACAGGUGUUCUCGGAGAAUGACGUCAUAAGAUACACUGUGCAGCUGCUGGAAGCUCUCCAGUUUCUACACUCGCACAACAUCCUCCACUUGGACAUUAAGCCACAGAACAUGCUUCUGAGUGAGGCCUACCCGAGGGGCGAUCUGUUGCUGGGGGACUUCGGACUCAGUCGGCCAGUGGACACCUCCGGACAACAGAGGGUGUUCCAGGGCACUCCAGACUACCAAGCGCCAGAGUUGGUCAACUUCGACCCAGUGAGCACUGCCACAGAUAUCUGGAGUGUGGGCGUCGUGUGCUACAUAAUGCUCAGUGGUCUCAGUCCCUUCGCGCCCCAUCCCGACCCAGACUCGGACAACAACAACAAUAACAACAACUCAUCCGAAUCAGGAGGAGGAAACUCCUCGGAGGACUCGGACUCUGCGAACGUGACUUCGGACUCCUCUGAGCUGGACACUUCCACGAACAUCUGCCUCGUGAGAUAUUACUUUCCCUCGGACCCAUUUGACCUCGUCUCGCCCCAAGCGAAGCUAUUCAUCUCUUCCAUCUUCAAGAAACAGCCCAAACAAAGACCUUCAAUUGCGGCCCUUUUAAAUCAUCCAUGGCUUCAAGAUGGACCACAACUAUCACAAAAUCACCAGAAGGAAACAUCGCCACAAUACUCAGACUCAAAAGAAGACAACACUUCUUCGGAAACAACUAAGGGCAAUGAAGAUAAUCAAGCCUCACAGUUUCAUAAUUUAUCAGCGUCAUCACCAUCACAAGCACUAACGGGUUCCAGAAGCAUCAUCUCAACCGGAAAAGAACUAUAUCCGGAUGUAAGUCCUAUUCAAACCCAGAAAAAUGACAAUGUUAGGCCUUCACAAAUUUCUACCAAAAACAAAGAAAACAUGGAAAAACCGUUGAAAGGUGAGAUUAGAGAUGAAAAUAGCGCACAAGACUCAAAUAACACGUGGCAAAACACCAGUAUGCCGUGUUCGCUUUCCGCAGAUGCAAUUAGCCGAUGUUCAUAUUGCCGACAAUUGAUGCUUGCAACAUGUGCGUCUUCUGAUCAGUCUCAAAAGUGCCACAAGAGUCUCUCUCGGAGGACUUGCCGAGUGAGUGGAGGAACCGAAGAGCAGUCUAGUAGCUCGGAUUCGGCGAUCGGCUUAAGCGACGAGGAACAGUGUCGAGUGAGUCCAACGCAGAAACAUGCGACUGAAGCGAUGUCCUGUCUAGAAAACAAGAGAAGCAAGGGUUGCGAAAAGACCGAACAGAGCAUGGCCGACGAGGCUGAGAAAGGGACAGGGUCUAGACUGACAGACUUUAGACGCCUGUCCUUCAGAAGCAGAAGGAGAAUUUAUUCUUCCAAAUGAAAAAGCCCAACUGUUCUUGUAACAAUUGUGAUGUUGAUUCAAAUUACCAUAGACUAAAUAAAACCUUUCCCAAUUAAUUUAUGCAUUGUUAUGGUGUGUAUUGCCUCUGAGCAAUUUUACCUCUAAAUUAAUCUAGAUUGAUUGCAGUUUUCUUACCAUUUACUAUGUGAAUUUUUCGAAAUUUCGAUUGUGCUGUUGUUUUGUCGAGGAUAGUAACAAUGGCGGACUUAAAAUUUGCCGAAAUUAAAAAAAAAUGUUUUUUCUUGAAUCUAUCCAAAAGUUUAUCUCAUAAAGCAGUACAUUUACCCUGAUUCAGAAAACUUUUCGAUUCUGCCCCUGCGAAGUGCGUAGCUUGCCGGCAAGCUAGUUGCAACCAUAAGAGUGCUAUGAUCUAUGUGCUAUCUAUCAACAACCAUCACCAACGCAACCCUUUUAUAGGGUUAAAUAAUGAAAAAUUAUCGCUUUUAGUUUUAAAAUUCAGUUUUAA